CGCUUUUGGGAUGAACCUGGGCGUCAAUCAUGCGGCGGCUCUUGUCUCCACGCCGCCCGAAUUUCUGGAUCUUGUCAAUACAUGUGCCGUUGCUACUGUACUCGCAAAGCCAAAAAAAGAAAAGUCAUAAACGCCAGACGACCACCCCUCUCCGGCAUCCUCCGGGGUGGCACCACCGACCGGGGCGUUGUUGGUAGCCGCUUAUUCCCACAAGCUCCCUGGUUCAAAGAGCCGAGCCCGAAAACCGUUAGGUCAGAGGUAAGGCUGGCCAAUCGCCAGGCGGCGGCUUCGUAACAGUGGCAGCAGCAUGUCCUGACAGUGGUGUGAUAUUCACCCAGCUAGAUGUGCGGCAUCUGCCCAUAAUCUGGCCGCAAGGGGAGUCUCACGAGAGCGGAAGCAGCGCCAAAAUUGACAUCAUGAGGGCCGGAUGGGGGAAAGAAAGGAAAAAUCAAAUUUCGGAUGGUGGCUGCGCCGCAUGGCGUGCGGCGACUUGCGAUGGAUUGCUGGGAUACAUAAUGUUCGGGUUGGAAGCCUCGAAGUUUGCUUUUUUUUGGUUCAUCAUCACAUCUACAAAGCAACAACACAAUCCACAGAGGAUCACCUCUCUACUCAACUUUUUCUUAUAUUCUACGAAUAUCUCUCCUCAAUCAUAUACACCGAGUUUAAUAUCUCCAAGACUCGAAAUCGAAUUUGAUUGCAUCUCCAAUCUCUUCAACUUACACACAACAAAAACACAUCUUUCAAACACUUCUCAAGAUGUCCGCCUCCGUCCUCACUCGUGCUGCAGCCAAGACCGUUGCUCGCAGACCUGUCUCAUUCGUCACGCAAAUCCGAAGCAUGGGCCGCGCUUUUGAGCACGCCCCUUACGAGCGGAUUCCAGUCACCGCGAAGCCUGCAGCUCCUGAUUAUGUCAAGGAGGUUACCUUUGUCUUGGGCAAGAUUGUCACCUAUGUUCCUGCCUUUGGCCUGUUGCUUGGCUGGCCUGCUCUCGCCAAGUGGGCUGUUGACGGACACGUCUAAACGAGCUUGAAACAUUGUUAGCGGGCGAUGUCAUGGAAGGGGACUGAAAAAUUAGAAUUGUCCAGCUUUCGACUGUAUAUAUACCACGGGCGUUUCGGUGGACUUGGAUAUAACGCAUAUUUCGGCGCAACACGCAUUUAAAUAAUGGGAUUUUCUAUGUUGAUUCAUUCCAAUGUGUCAUUUAAACAAUUGUGAUUCUGUCAUGUAUGAGAUACUCAUCUUAAUAUUUCUAGGAUACCAUCGAUUCUCCUGCUCGCCUUUUCUCAUUCUUUGACCCUUUCCUUUCAUUUCAGACGCAGCAUGUAAUAGUAAGUAGUCACCGUCCUUGGGUCUAGGGAUGUUUGCUAAUACCUUUCCACAGGGUUUCCGAAGCGCAUUGUGCGGACGUGGAUAAUGUUUUGGCAACCAGGUAAACUCCAUUAUGCAUUCGACUGAGCUGGAGCGGCAGGUAGCUAAUGUGGAUAAUAUUGUUGGUGGGCGGCCUCGAACCAGUUCUUACACAUUGAGAUAUUUAUUGCUAAUUGAGCUCAAAACUGAGAUAGAUACCGCUGCCUUGAGGUAUUAUAAUCCACUGCCCAAGUUUCGACACACUACGACUUUAUC